AUGUCGCCUUUUAACCUGGAAAAAUAUGCCCGCCCGAAUAUUUUGGCCCUGGAGCCUUAUCGGUGCGCAAGAGAUGACUACAAAGACGACGGAACUAAUGUUCUCCUGGAUGCCAACGAGAACGCCUACGGCCCGUCACUGGAGUCCAGCUUCGAGGCGGGGGAUCUUGGCAUCGACUUCUUGGGACUGAACCGCUACCCUGAUCCUCACCAGCCAGAACUGAAGCAGCUGCUUUGCAACCUCCGCAACACUCACACUCACACGACGAAGGAUCUGGGCCCCGAAAACGUCUUCGUCGGCGUCGGCAGCGACGAGGCCAUUGACGCUCUGCUGAGAUGCUUCUGCGCUCCAGGCAAGGACCGCAUUCUCACCUGCCCACCUACUUACGGCAUGUACUCCGUUUCGGCUCAGAUCAACGACGUUAGUAUCGUCAAAGUACCUUUGAAACCUGCGCCUGAGUUCGCGAUGGAUACGGAUGCUAUCCUCGACACUCUAAGCAAGGAGGAGAACAUUAAGCUGGUCUACCUCUGCACGCCGGGUAACCCGACCGGCUCAGUGCUGUCCAAGGAGGACAUCACGAGAGUACUUGAGCACCCGACAUGGAACGGCGUUGUCGUCCUGGACGAGGCCUACAUUGACUUUGCCCCCGAAGGCAGCUCACUCGCCGAGUGGGUGCUCGAGUGGCCCAACCUCGUCGUCAUGCAGACCCUUUCCAAGGCCUUUGGCAUGGCGGGCAUCCGCCUCGGCGCGGCCUUUACCUCGCCCCCUAUCGCACGCUUACUGAACGCCAUGAAGGCGCCGUACAACAUCUCAAGCCCUACGAGCGCUCUGGCGUGCUACGCCGUGUCCGAGAAGGGCCUUGCUGUCAUGCGGGACAACCGUACCAAGAUCCUGGCUCAGCGGGACCGCAUUAUCGCAGAGCUGCCCAAGAUCCCUGGCGUCGGCAGGUUGAGAGGUGGUACCGAGAGCAAUUUCCUGCUUUACGAGAUGCUGAACGCAGAAGGCAAGCCUGACAACGUCACGGCGCUGGCGGUAUAUGAGCGUCUUGCCGAGAACAAGGGCGUUGUCGUCCGUUUUCGUGGUAAGGAGCACGGCUGCUUGGGAUGCUUGCGGAUCACCAUCGGUACCGAGGACGAGGUCACAAGAUUCCUUUCUUCUAUCGAAAAGACUCUGGCUGAGGUCCGCGGCGUGGGGCGUCAACUGGACGAAGAGGCGAAGGAGGCGGCGGCGAGUGGUGUGAUUGCUUAA